UAACUUCUUCGAUUAUUCAAUGAAAUUGAAUGUGGCGGGAAAUAUUUUCAAGAAAUGUGGGAUUUUCACAGUUUUCAUGUUGGCAACACUGCAUUAAUGUAAAUAAAAAUACGAAAGAAAAGUCAAAAUAAAUAAUAAAAAAUAUUCUAUAUUUUGAUUUUGUAUCGGUGUUUUUUUGAGUUUACUUUGUGGAUGAAGAAAAAUAACAGUGAAAUUCACAAUAAUUAUUAUCGAAUGCAGUAAUAAUACAGAGGAAACCGAAAAAGAAACUAUUACAUAAUAUUAUGUAGUUGACAUACAUUGGCGAUAGAAAUUAUUAUUAUCUUUGAUAGCUUAUGUACAAAUAAUAUUGAAAGCAAUGUACGGAUGUGAGGAUUGUGAGGAAAAAUUGAAAUAGUGAUUUUGGUUGAUUUUCAAACAUCACUUAUUUCAGCAAUGUUAAAAGCCAUUAAUGGCCCUUGUAAACCACUUCGAAUGUGGAUAGACGGUCGCUGUUUCAAUCUAUUGAAAAUCAAUGGAGCCUCAGCAGAAACAAAACUCCGCGAUGAUGAAAAUGAAAGCAGAUCCAAGGAGGUACAAGCAGAAGAUAAUGGAAAAUUUUCAUGCAGCUUCAAGUUGCCAUACAUAUAUUGCUUAGCUCUUAAGCAAAGAGACGUUCUGGAUACAGUGAAUUUAUCUGAAAGGACAAAUACCACUAUUAUAAUUCCGAAACUUGGUAAAGAUGAAAAAAUGGUCAUACGGGGUGAUACCAAGGAAAAUGUGCUGGAAGCACUGGAACAUAUGGUGAAUGCUGUCGGUCAAAUCAGAAGUAGACAUGCCCCACUACAGUUUUUAUCCGUCAGAUGUUCAAGUGAAGAAAUUCAAAGCAAUUUUGGGAGAUUCAAAAGUGAAAUUUUAGCAGAUGAAAAAAACAUUAGAGGAAUGGAAGAAUCUAUUUUUCAAAGGGAUUUUAAACUUCAUCUCACUAUUGACGUACUUGUUCUAUUGGAUGAAAACGAGAAAAAUGAGGCCAUAGCGGCAUUGAAAGAAUACAAUGAAUUGAUAAUGAAGCCUUUAUUGCAGAAAACGGGAAAACUAAGAAUUCAUUUAUCUGGUAUUGAGUGCAUGAAUAAGAACUAUGAAAAAGUGAAUGUGCUGUAUGCCAAAGUGAAGCUUGUUGAUGAAACUGAGGAUAUCACUUUACAAAAGAUAGCCAACGAUUUAUCACAUUAUUUUUAUGAACGAGGACUACUGAAGAGUUUCAGUGCAGACGUGAAACUUCACUGUACUCUGGUAAACACAAAAUAUAGGAAAGUAUCUAGCAGUCCGAAAAGAAAGCGGGUUUACAAAGAAAGUAUUGAUGCUAGAAAAAUAAUGGAAAAAUACAAAGACUUUGACUUUGGUCAUUGUGAUUUUGAACAAAUUCACUUAUCACUUAUGUCUUCCAGUGAUGAAACAAGUGGAGAUGGGUACUAUAAAAGUUUGUCAAGCAUCAAUCUAACGUAGAUCUGGAUUUUUUGUUACAUAUCUGUAAGUACUGAGUACUAACUUUAUCUAAUUUAUUUCCUUGUAUUAUUUUUUUCAAUAAAAGAUUAGUUCGUUUUAAA